AUGAACUACAACUUUGAGCAGUCAUAUAAGCCAAGUGAAUAUCUAACGGUAGACGAGCAGCUCUUUCCAUAUCGUAGCCGCACCCGUUUCACGCAAUACAUCCCAUCGAAACCGGCAAAAUAUGGCAUCAAAGUGUGGUGGGUAUGUGAUGCCAAAAACGCAUAUCCACUGUAUGGACAAAUAUAUACUGACCAAGCACCUACGGGACGGGAAACUAACCAGGGUGAACGCGUGGUGAAGGAUUUAGUAAGCCGCUUUCAUGGAACCGGCCGAAAUAUAACGAUGGACAAUUUUUUUACAUCCCUAAAUCUACUGGAAAGCUUGUCAUCCAUGAAUUUGUCGGCAGUUGGAACUCUGCGGAAAAAUAAGCCCUGCAUACCAAAGGAGAUGUUGGCACACAAAGAUCGUGCAGAGAGGUCAAGUACAUUCGGUUUUAGGCCCAACAUAUAUGGAUAUGUGUAA